GCAGACUGGCAGAUAGCUAGGUGGUUGCUUGCAUCUCAAGGCUCCAAUCUGGCGCGUCAGAGCUUCCCGGACUAAUAAUAAGGCAAUAAGGCUACACCACUCUAAACUCUCAACCUUGGAACCUUCAUCACUUUUCACCACCUUAUCUUUUUUUUUUCACCACGAUACCGAAAACAAUAUUUCACUUUUCCCAAACAAAUAUUUCCCAGCUGUCAAAACGUGCAUCUAGACCCAUACCGCCCAAAUCCUACUUUCACUCAGCCUUUACCGCUAGCAAUCCUUCACCAUGUCUGGAGGCAGUGCCGGUUUCGAUAGACACAUCACCAUUUUCUCCGAGCAAGGUCGACUUUACCAAGUCGAAUAUGCCUUCAAGGCGAUCACUGCUGCGAAUAUAAUGUCAAUUGGGGUCCGAGGCAAGGAUUGUGCAGUAGUCCUCUCCCAGAAGAAGGUUCCUGACAAGUUAAUCGAUCCUUCGUCCGUCUCCCACAUCUUCCAGAUUUCUCCUUCAGUUGGUUGCGUUAUGACCGGCUCAAUUGCGGAUGCUCGGGCGUUUGCGCAGCGCGCCCAGGGGGAAGCCGCCGAAUUCAGGUACAACUACGGAUAUGAAAUGCCAUGUGACGCUCUGGCCAAGAGGCUGGCCAACAUUAGUCAGGUUUACACACAGAAGGCAUACAUGCGUCCUUAUGGCGUUGCGACGACCCUGAUAUCAUUGGAUUCUGAAUUCGGCCCGCAGCUCUUCAAGUGCGAUCCAGCAGGAUACUACGUGGGGUACAAAGGGACUGCCGCCGGCCCCAAGCAGCAGGAGGCGCUCAAUCAUCUGGAGAAGAAGCUCAAGAACAAGGAUCAUGCAGAAGGCACAUGGGAAGAUGUUGUGGAGUUAGCUAUUACUACGUUGAGCACGGUCCUCAGCAUGGAUUUUAAGAAGGGUGAAAUUGAGAUCGGAAUCGUGGGAGGCCCCCGACCGGACGGUAAGGAGGGGUCAGAUCCCUUCUUUAGAACCCUGACGGAGGACGAGAUUGAUGAACGAUUACAGGCCAUUGCUGAGAAAGAUUAGCGGGUGAGGCGCUCGUGGCGUAAGGCUGGGUACCGAUUAACAUAGCUGAUUUGCUUGAUGCUGACCACAGCAACAUAUUGUGGAGGCGUGGGUUCGUCCCAAUGGAUGCACCCUGUAUUCCGUGUUCACUAGUUUAGAUCCUCCGCCGACGGGAUUUCUUUUAAACCGUCAUUCUGGUCUAUACACUGGCCCAAGGAAAAAAAACGCAAUUCAAGCAAUUGACAUUCCGAGUAUAGCAUAGUCUAGCCUAGAAGUGGCUUAAGCUGAAGAUGUGAGAAGUGCAUCAUGGGAUUUGGACGUUCAGGUGGUGGCGAUAUGGAGAUCUGGGACUUAUAUAACCCAGGCGGUGAAUACAUGUCAUCAAGAACCACAUCUUCAAGUGUGGAUGUGACGUAUCAGCAUGCUGCAAGCAUUUUGCAAGCACCAUAAGCAAGUCAUUAACCAACAUUACGCGUAUCUCGGGCAUAUGGACAUCCCAUCUAUCUCUACCAACAGGUUGGGUCUUCUAACGUCGUAGAUGUCAGCCCAUUAUCUAGACUGACAAGCCUCGAAAUGCCCGAUCCUGGAUCUUUGAGGGUGUCACCUCGUGGGGAGUUUGGG